GGCACGGGAACUGUUUGUGUCCGUAUUUACUAAUAGAAACAGUAGAAAAUUUCAAUGUUUUAGUUCGAUAUUUAAAUGAAAACUCGGUUUCCCGGCUAUUAUACAUUGGCAAAGUGCUUGUUGGUGUACGUCGGUGUAGUUAUUGCCAUAUGUGUAGAAGUGAAAACUGGGAGGCGAAAUGUCGCUCGUAUUCAGCUAGGAGACGUCCCAAUAAUCUGGGUGCUCGGCGGGCCGGGCUGCGGCAAGGGCACGCAGUGUGAGAAGCUGGUGCAGAAGUACGCCUUCACUCACCUGUCCACGGGGGACCUGCUGAGGGCUGAGCUGGCCAGCGGCUCGGAGAGGAGCCAGAAUAUUGCCGCUAUUAUGGAGAAGGGAGGCCUAGUCCCCAACGACAUAGUCCUGGAGCUUCUAAAGGAGGCGGUGCUGAAGAACGCGGCGACCAGCCCCGGAGUCCUCAUUGACGGCUUCCCGAGGGAGCGUGACCAGGGGGUGGCGUUUGAAGCUGCUGUUGCUGCGCCUAGCGUGGUCCUAUACUUCGAGGCGUCAGAAGCCACACUCCUGGAACGUAUCCGCGCGCGCUCGCUGACCUCCAACCGCAUCGACGACAACGACGCCACCGUGGCGCUGCGGCUCAAGACCUUCCUCGAGAACAACCAGAAAGUGCUGGACCAGUACCCGGAUAAGUUGAAGAGGAUAAACGCUGAGCGACCAGUCGAGGAGAUCUUCGCAGAGGUCACCGGCAUCAUCGACCCACUAGUAGCGAAGUCUUAGCUAGUUUACAUUAGAGACAUUAUUAUUUAUUUGUACAUAGCACUCUGGUCACCUAAGCUUUACUUAAUUUUGUUAACUUGUAAUAAACACUGUUUAUAACGUGA